AUGGCCCCGCCGCCGCCCCGGGAAGGCAGCAAGGCACCGCGUGACGUGCGGCGGGGCCGCGCAGGCGCCACAGCGGCCGCGCCGACCGCGCAGGCGCCGCCCGACCGCGCAGGCGCCACGGCGGCCCGGGCCGGGGCGGGGGGCGGCCGCAGUGCUGCGCCAGGCCGGGGCAGGUCCCUGCGGGCAGGGCCCGGCGGGCAGGCCCCAGGCCGGCAGCCUCCGUGUAGCGCGGGCCGCCGCAGCAAACGAGGGGCCACUGAGCCGUCGCCCGUCCGCCGGCGGGGCAGGCAGCGGGCCGGCAGCCGCAAACGCACCGCUUGCGGUAACGUUCUCUCGUUGCCUUUCGUGCCGCCAGCACCCGAAGAAGUUCGGAGUGAGCGAGCAAACCCCCCUGCCCGCCGCGGAGUCCCAGGGAGCGCCUCGCCCCUUGCUGACGGGUCACCCCGUUCAUGUCGCCGCUGUGCGCCCCCGCCGCCGGGUGCCCGAGCGCCCUCCCGCCGCGGUGCUGAGCCGACUCCAGCUGCCGGAGGCGCGCCGGGGGCGGCCCGCGCUGCCGCGCACCCGGCCCCGCCUGGGGCGGCCUCUGGGCCCGGCCGCGCCGCGCCGGCCCCGGCCCCGGCCCCGGCCCCGCCCCGCCCCGCCGCGGGCGGCAGCGCCCGGAGCAGCCGCGGGGCCGGCAGGCGGAGGAUUCCGCCCGGCCCGCGGGGGUGCGGAGCAGCGCGGGGGACCCGGCCGCUGCCAUGGCCGCGCUGCCGCUACCCGCCCGGGGGCGGCGGGGGGGGGGCGCUGCGCGCGUACGAGCCGGAGCCCGGGGAGCCGGAGCGCAAGCGAGCAUGCAAGCCAUUAGAAACCAUUCCAAAUGAGGCUGAGGCUCGCCUCAUUGACUGUGCCAUGGAGCUGGAUUCUAAACAGAAAAUCUCCACUGACUAUGGUCCUUGGGCUAUGAAGACAAAGCAAAAUUCAGUGAUUUUUGAAAACCAUGGAAGCAGAGGUACUGCCCAGCCUUGCCCAAGAUGUAUUGCAGGAGAAUCUGGACACUUCAAUCAUAUCAUGGGCUUCUAGGAACUGAGAGACACUGCUUUUCUGUUUAAAUUCUAAAGGUGCACCUGCGAACCCCGUACAGCUGGAUGUCUGUACAUUCCCUUACGGCAUGGAUUGGUGUAUGGUAUUCAGCUAUAGCAGUUCACUCUAUGUGUCAUUCUUUCAGUGCACAAUUAUGAAUGUCGUUGUUUUCACACCUGAAAAAAUGCUUCUGCUUUUAAGGUAGCUCGGUAUAUGUUUUUAAAAAAUAAUGUUGAUUUAAUGUUUUACACUAGUUAAGUUGAUCUGGACUUUGGCCCAGCCUUCACCUGGGACUGGGCCAAAGGUCAUAUUGAUACAAGAGAUUUUUCCUGUCUCACUUGGGCACUUUCUCUGACACUCUUGGAAAAUGGUCCUUGCAUUUACGUGGGUACAGGGCUUGCAGUUUUAUCUCAGCCCUAUAUAUCAUAGGAACACAGAAUGGUUUGGAUUGGAAGGGACCUUAAAGACCAUCUCGUUCCAACCCCCUGCCAUGGCCAGGGACACCUUCCACCAGACCAGGUUGCUCCAAGCCCCGUCCAGCCUGGCCUUGAACACUUUUUUGGGCAACCUUUGGGCAUAUGCAGGCAGAAAUGGGAGAACAGAAAUGUCUUCAUUUUUAAGAUGGCUAUUCAGCUUUGCAUUGGUGAAGACCAGUAAAAAUGUUAUUGAAACUUACGUUUAAAUCCAAAAUAUGCAUCCGAAUCAGGUAUCUUACAUGCUAUACAUUUUAUAAACAUGUGUUUAUAGCAAACAGAGUUUGUGAAUGUGGCAAGUAUCUAAUAGAAAAAGGAGCAUUAUUUGAACAAUCCCUUUAUGAGGAUGAAUAUUCUGAAGAUGAAUAGUAAUUCAGCUCUGUGGAGUCCUCACAGAGUUCUGAAGAUAUCAUCUGACACUCCCUGACUCUGUCUGUCCAGUUAUUGCAAUAUUAGAACAAAUCGUAUUGAACUUGUCAUCCAACAUAAUUUUAUUGGCUUGUCACAAAUAAUUUCAUCUACAUUUUGCCAGUAAUAGGCUACAUACUUUUUAGACUCUAAGAUGGCAGAGUUGUGUCGUUUGGGUGUGACACUGCAGUGGCUGCUCUGGUUUAGGCAGAAGGGUCCUGCAAGCUCCGAGCUGAACGGUCGUGUGUUCACCCUCUGCGUGGGGGGAAGUUGCUGUGACCUGCCAGAGCUCACACCGAAAGCAGCCUCCACUAUCUGGAGAGCUGCUGAGCUACAGCUGUGCCCUCCUGCUGCUUGGCUUUCGGAUGGAGUUCAACCCAAAACAGGUAUGGCAGGCAUCACAGCAUUUGGCCUCUCCUCUUCUGAGAGCAGCCAGUAGCCAGUUUAAAUUAAAACGGUAGUUCCAAGGUUGCAAAAUCUAGUGACAGUCUGUUAUUAGUUUCCCAGUGGGGUUUAUCAAACUGUAAAAUCCCUAGACAAAGGUGUUUCAGGGUCCAACAACGCUUCCCAUAUUGUGUGUGGAGUUGUUGACUGCUAUUAAGGAAAUAUUCUUCCUAAAUAUAUGAAUAUCUUAAUAAAUACUGAAUUUACUUAAGUAAUAGAUGAGGAAAUGAGCCUGUAAAGCAGACCUGCACUAAAUUGGCACACAGACUGUUUGGUUAGGAAAUAAUAUGUUUCCUCCAAGCCAAUAUAAAUUUUAGUUACAUCAAAAAUAAAUAUUUUCAAAGCAAAAUUUUUCAAUCACAAGAUCAGUACAAUCCGUUAAAAGGUCAAAUCUCCAAGAAACACAGCGGUUUUAAAAAUUGUAUUGUCCCUGUUACCUUGAGGAUGUGAAACUCAUUUUGAAUCCUCCCUCUCCCAGUACAGGUUGAUGCAAGCAAUAGUAUCUAUCCAGACUAGAAAGGAACAUAUCCUCACUUGAAAUGGCAAUACAAUGAGCAAAUUCCUUUAUACUGGCAACUAGUGCAAAAUAAUAAUACAAAACUGAAAUUACAUAGCUACAUCAUAUUUUAUGUGCAGUUCAUUUUUAAAACAUUGUCCAGCCCUUGUUUCUUAAAAAUACUGGUAUUAAUAGCAGUCAAAAAAAAAAAAAAGGUAAGCAUUAGUUCUUGUUCUGUGGAAGCUGAAAUAGCUGCUUGAACGUAAAAGGCUAAAAGGUAUCUGAAAAUUUAAUUACUGCAAAAUAAUUCGAAACCUAUUAUACUUCAUCAAGUAAAAUGUAUGACAAGUAAUGAUUAGUUAAACAGUGUGUGGUCAAAAUGUAGGGUAUCCAAAGAGGAGAAUAUCAAAAGUAGACUUGGACUCUGUGAUGGAAGAGUUUUCUACUAGAAUAUAUUAGAGCAAAAAAGUACGCCGUCAUGUUUGAAACACUGGGUUGUAUUUAUGGAUUAUCAGACCCAACGGGUGAUUUUAAUUUAAAUAACUCAAAUUUUAUCAUGUUAAGAAUUCACAGAUACCAGUGUAUCUGUUUCUUCUGUUUGCUUUAAACUUAACUGUAUUUUAAUCCGGUAUGGAAUACGGUAAAAACCAGAACCAACUGGUUUUCCUUAGGGUCCUUGUAGGUUUUGUGCCAUGUUCUUUUUAAUUCUUCUCCCUUUAGAGUAAUCAUUACUUGGGUUUUGUAAAAUCUUAUCGUACAUAAAUCACAGGACUGGUCAUAGUUUGCAGCUGCAUUACAGAGGCUGAUGAAGUCAUACUGGUGUUCGAUUUUAAUGUAAUUUUUUCGUAUCAGUCUUCCCAUUGUUACUGUACACUGUGCAGGUAUUUUAUUACACUGUCCACCCUGAUUCUCAAGACUGUCCUUGGAGAUUACUGCAUCUAUACAGCUGAACAAAACAGGAGAACUUUACUGUUACCUGCAGUGUCAACAUGGGUCUGUUCUACAUUCUUUACACUGUUAUAAAUGUAAUGCUGGAGUUUACAUCAAGUCUAACUGAUGAGUAGUUAUGUUAUUCAUACGUGCAUUCUGAACAUCUAAAUGCUAUGCUAUAGAAACUAGAGUAAAAUGGUCACAAGUAGGCUUAAUUUUGUUUGCUUUUAACUAUAGCCGUUUGCAUUUUCUGGGAACACAGUAUGGCAUAGAUGUCAGAUCAAUUCUAUAGUAAUAUUUAAAUUUUAAAAACCCUUCUGUUCCCCUACCAAUUUCACCUCUUUGAAGAAUGGACUCCAAAAAAGGGUGUAGAAAUAGAUUAGCUAGUGGAAAGUUAACUCCCCUCAUUUUCAGCCUAUCACAAUUACCACUUUCAUGUAGUUAUACUGUUGUCAACAAAAUAUAUUACAGUACAAAAGGAAUGAAAGAAAUAGAAAAGAUAGAAAGGGAUGAAAACCACUUGGGAGCUACCAUCUCUGCUGCAUCGUAACACAACUUGUAAUGAAAGCGUAUUAAAAAAAAAAAAAAAAAAGUUUUGAUACAGAAAUGUGGUGCCUUUCCUCCUUAGUGAAGAUUUCUAUGAAAACCCAUAUGUAUCUUUCUCUUCCUUCAGAGUUGUUUGUGUUGUUGGUAAGUGUUUUAAUUUUUUCAUCCCUAACAUUUCAGUGUGCAGGAUAAUCAUUCCUGGUUAUUUAACUGCAAAAGCACGAGGCUGGGUGGAAUGGGAACCCCUCGUUCAGUAUCCCACGCGUUCUGGAGACUGUAGCAGGCAGACACAUGGGAAGAGUCCAAGAAACAGGACACGUAUUGAAUGGAAAGAUUUUUUUACAAAUGCAAAGACAGCAUUUGAUACCAGGUUUUGUUGUGGGCAUCCAUUCUUGCCUCAUGGCUAAGCCUUGAUUGUCGAGUACCACAGAAAUUAUGAAAAUGUCAGUAGUUUCCAACAGUAUUUUUUUCUUUGCUAUUGUUUUCUAUUGUAUUGUUUUGUAUCAAUAAAUUGCUACUUAUUGAUACAAAAAAAUGUAUUUGCUAUCAGGAUAAUUUUAAACUUGAAAUUGCUCUUUGUAUUGAACAUUGAUAUCUUCAAUAUUUAAGAAGUAGUUCCUGUAUGACUAGAAUGCAAGUGUAUGUGUAUAUACUCCUAUUUAAUUUGCACAACAUAAAGAUAUUCUUCCUAGUAUUUGUCAAAAAUAGCAGCUCCCGUCUUCCUGCUUUUCUUGAGUUGGCUUACAAUAUAUAAAAAUAAAUAAUGAAGAAACAUUUGGGAACUGCUGUUUGAAGCAGAAGGGUAACUGUGAUGUACCUUUUUAUUAGUGUUCUGCAUUCUUCCUUGUUGUGGGAGGCCGUAAAUCCUAACAAAAACUUGACCAGAUUUUUACUUACGUUUCUGGGGAUGCAACUGUUGAUAAAUACAGUGUUCUGGAUAGAUGUACAUUUCAGUUCUAUUCUGUGUAAAGUAUCCCAAAGUGAAAUACCUGGCGUUGCUUGCUUUGUGAGCUGGAGAUCACAUCCGAGCCUUCAAGGCUUCACGGGGCAAAGCAUCACCAGCAGCAUCGCUGCACCUGCUUCCCUUGGUCCCUGCGAAAUGCCUGCUGGUCUUACUCGUUCUGAAGUCUUACCUGACCUCUCCAGCUGGCUAGAAACAUCGUUAGGUUUUAGGAAUGUCAUCGUUACCCCUGAUGCGUUCACAAAUGAGAAUGCAUAUACUUCUGGAUAAACUUUAAAGUCAGUCUUUCGGCUGGGAUGUGAUUCCUUACCCCGUGCUUUCUAAAUGGGGCAAGGGAUGCAUUUAUAAAUAAGCCAGCAUGAAAACAAAUUGUAGUUUAAUAGCCUAAUACAUAGAAGGCUUAGAAUAGUGGUAUUUUUUAAAAUAGAUACACUGCCUCUGUCAUUUGUUUCAGGAUUUGUCAGAAUCAUAAAGCUGCGGUGAUAGGUACGGAUGGAUGAAUGCUGUACAGGCUGGGACAGGUGAAUAUUUCUUUAAAGCAGAUUUGUGUCAAAUCUGCAGUAGAACUACAGAAUUAUUUUUGUAAGACUUUUCUUCACCUUGUAUAACUAUGAAAAUUUGUUUUAUUGAUAAAAAUUAUAUACUCUUUAUAUUUCCUAAUACUAUGGUUUGUACACAAAAUAACCUGAGUGAUACUUUAUUUACAUGUAUAUAGUAAAAUAGGCAUAUGGUCUGCUUUUAAUUCAGGUAAAAAUCAUAUGAUCUAAUAUUUUUAACUUUGUAUUUUGUAAAUUGUUACUUACAAAAGCAGAAGCAUUAAACACCACUUUGGCUACAGUAUGAAA